UGCAGUUCAGUUCAGUUUAUCGAUUUGUCAGUUCGAUGGUGUUGAGUUCUGUCGUUAGAUUCUAGGCUCGGUGUCGUUCAUUUAAACGUAUUGAAUGGGAUUUUUUUAUGAAAUAAAAGUUUUUUGUGGUGUGUGAUUGAAGCCGGUCUAAAAUGACGAAAGAUAGAUUGGCAGCUUUGGUUGCGGCCCAAAGCGACGACGACGAUGUGGGCCCAGAUGAUGUUGCUGUCAAUGUUGAGGGGAGGGAUGGUUUUAUGGAUGCAUUUUUUGCCGAGGUGGAAGAGAUACGGGACAUGAUAGAUAAAAUACAGGCAAAUGUAGAGGAAGUGAAGAAAAAACAUAGUUCAAUACUAUCGGCACCCCAGAGCGAUGAAAAAACGAAACAAGAACAAGAAGACCUCAUGGCCGACAUAAAGAAAACUGCCAACAAAGUUCGUUUGAAACUAAAGACCAUCGAACAGAGUAUAGAACAAGAAGAACAAAACAACAAAUCCUCCGCCGACUUGAGGAUAAGAAAAACGCAGCAUUCAACACUGUCCAGGAAGUUCGUGGAGGUCAUGACAGAGUACAACAGAACUCAGACCGACUACAGGGAGAGGUGUAAGGCUAGGAUACAGAGACAGUUGGAGAUCACUGGCAGACAGACCACAAACGAAGAGCUCGAGGAGAUGUUGGAACAAGGCAAUCCGGCAGUCUUUACUCAAGGUAUUAUAAUGGAGACUCAGCAGGCUAAGCAGACGCUGGCUGAUAUCGAAGCCAGGCACGCUGACAUCAUCAAAUUGGAGAACUCCAUCAGGGAGCUCCACGAUAUGUUCAUGGAUAUGGCGAUGUUGGUAGAGAAUCAAGGCGAGAUGAUCGAUCGUAUCGAAUAUCAUGUCGAGCAUGCGGUCGACUAUGUUCAAACCGCCACCCAAGACACCAAGAAAGCAUUAAAAUACCAAAGUAAAGCCAGGCGGAAGAAAAUUAUGAUCCUUGUAUGCUUAACAAUUUUGGGAUUGAUUAUCACCUGUACUAUUGGAGGAUAUCUUGGAAUUAUCUAAACUGAUACCUCCCCAUGAAAAAGGAUCGAUUUGGGGUCGCAGAACGAUAACUUGCUUUUUGUCGAUUGUGAAAUUGGCAUUGUUUCAUUGUUGGGGCAUCAUAAUUGAAGUUCAAUCAUUAUUUAAAGAAAGAAUCAAUACAAACAUAGUUGAUUGUAUGCAGAUCUUGUAGUUCUAUAUAGGUUAGGUUAAUUGAAUAUAAAAGAAAAUAUUUAAGAUGAAACGUUUACUAUAGCAAUAAAUGUUGAUUUGAAAAAUGUGUGAUAUUAAAAAGUUAACUUAUUUACACCUCGGUUCAUGAUAUAUUUUCGCUGAAUGCAUUCAAUAUUGUACAGAAAAUGUAAGAUUCUUCUUUCUGAAAUCGAUUCGAGGAAAACAUGCCAAAAUUUAAUCAUUCGAACGUUCAUAGCGCAUUCUGAAAUGUUCAGCAGGGAACUAAAAUAUACGAGUAUAAUGAAAUCAAAAAUUGUGAUUAGAUAUUCGAAAUGCCGAAAAAUGCAGUUAUAAGUGAAUAAUUUCAUCAUUGAAAUCGAAUAGGAACACUGCCUUUAUUAUCUCGUAUAUCUAACACUGUAUAUAAAAGAAAACAAGCUUCUUAAGGGUAUCAAAGAUUUUAGUUCAAUGCUGUAAUAUUCGAAUGCUUAUUCGCCAGAAAUUAAAUACGAUGGUUACAUAUUGUAUGGCCUAACUCCUCGCAGGGGCAGUAUAUGCUAUCAGAUAAAAAUAACGAAUCAGAUUAGAAACUGAAAAACUGUUCACGAUUCCUUUAUUUAUAAAAAAUUUGGGAGCGAAAAUAUGCUCUGAAGGCUAUUUUGAACUUCAUCCUGUGGUGUACAUGUGCCUAAGAUGUACAGAAGUGAUUUGAUAGUCUUGCUUAGCAUGAUCAUUCUUAAUUAGAUUCAAAAUUAAUGGAAGACAAAAAUCUCGGUACUGAAGAUUAUAAAUAUUCGAGCAUGUGCAUUUUUCUUACCAAAAGGUUUGCUGUGGUAUGUAGAAAAUAAACGAUUUAGGAAAAUUUAUUGAUUCACUCGACAACAUAUCAUUAAUACUAAAUUGUAGACUCACAUAUCGUGUAAAAAUAGCAGAACACCCCAUAUACACAUGUACACCCAAACCACAUGUCGUCUUCCUCUUGAAAACCCUUUGAAAAACUGUUUAACCAACUUAUAGUAAACCCCCUUUUUAUAUUCGUUUGGACAUUAUGUAGGCUUUCAAUUGAUCUCUAAAUAUUAAAAUGAAGAGUCUUUCGUCGUUAUAUUUGUAUACUUAUUAGACAAUUUUAUACUGAACCUGGGUAUUUAGAAAUCCAUAGACAGUGAUUGGUUUAGAAUUCAGUCUUGAAAAAAUAGUUUUCUAAUGUUAGCACCAAUGUAAAAUGGAUCCGAAAUCACAUCUCAAAUUCCUAAUUUCCGAUGUUUUUUACCUUAAGUUCAUUGUAUUAUUCAAUAAAUCAUUUAGUUUAGCUCGAAUUUGGCGGGAUAAUAAAAUUUUCAUUACUCCUUUUUCAUUAACAGACACCGAGUUUAGAGAUGUGAUUUUCUCGACCAUUUCUGCGUAUUUGUCAAUUCGAAUGAAAAAUCCUUCAAAUCUGUAAAAAAUAUUUUCCUGUAUCAGCAGAUACACUUAAGUGAGAUUAAAAAACUUUUUAACAAAUAUGUAGUCUUUGAUGAAAUUGUAAUUAUUAUAGCGUACUGUUUUAGAUGUAUGGUGUUUCUCAUUCAUUUUCCAGUGCCGUAGUGUGAAACUUGUAUCGUGUUAAAUCUCAAAUUUUAUUUUUUCAUAAAUGUGGAGUCAACUCCUCUGGCUAUCACUUUCUCCUCAACAACGCACCCCAGGUGCAUUGUUUAGAGUUGAAUCACAUGUGUAUCUAACGUCAAUAUUGUGACAAUACCUACAAUGGAAAAAGGAGUUGAAAACUUACAGGAUUUAGUAAAUUUCAUUACUAUUCAUUGUUUUUCUUCACUUUUUAUGGAGGUUUAAGGAUUUCUUUUUUUAUUCUAUUUUCCAUUUUUGUAUAAGCAUUCGUUGGAUAAUUGUUUAAUUUGUAUCUGUUGAAUUGAAUAGUAAAAUUAUUAACUUAAAACAUUGCAACAUUGUUCAAAAAUAUAUUAACGUUCCAAAAUACUAUAACAAAAUCAAAAUCAGUAAAGCAUUGGUAAGGAAUUGCUUCUGAGGGUAGGACAUUCAAUUAUAACGAAAAGGCAUCUACAAAUUUGAGGAUAUAUUUUUGUAAAUUGUUUAUCGUGAUAGCCAGAGGAUAUAAAUGUGAUUCAAUAAAUGUAAAUCCUUUUUAACUUUCAAUGAGCACAAAAAAGAAUCCUAUCGAAAAUUAAAGCUUAGUUGUUCGCUACCCACACUUCUUCAUGUAAUCCAUUAAAAUGUUACCAGUUGUUUUUGAAUUCAAGGAGAUGUGAGAUCGUUUGAAAAUCAGUCAUAGCAUGAUUUAUAAGAAGUUAUGAAAAAACUGAUAUGAUCUUCACAAAAGAUUCAUAGGUAUAAUUUGAUGUUUUUGAGUCGACUGAUUUUCAAAUGUCAAUUCUUUCUCACUCGUGUGUUGUGACCUUCCUAGAAUAGUUACACACUCCUUUUACUGUAAAUUAUCAAUGUGCACUCGUCCACAAGGUAGUGAAAAAGGAGCUAAUCAAAAAUGUAGAUUUUCAUCGAAUUGUACAUACACUUAGGUACUAAACUGCUUGAUUUGAUUGCGGGAUCAUUCUUUAGGACAAUAAAUAUAAAUAUUCGAAAAUAAAUUCUUAGAAAAUUAUUUUGUUAGCGAUUAUUAUUUCAAUUUCUCAUUGUAGGUGGCAAAUUUUCAUUAUCUUGUGAAUGCUGUAAAAUAGUUAUCAAUUAAAUUAUCCAAUAUAAAUAUUGAAGUGGAAAUUAAAUUAAUAAACCUUCUAAAAUAA